UCAAGAAACGAACCAUUGCGAACGCCGCCAUAUUUGUUUCGUGCCCCUUGCCAUCAAUCACCGAAGGGUCUCCAAAUUGGCUCAAGUGCAACUUGUUGCAUAUUUUUGUGUGCCUUUAACACUAUACACCACUGUAUAGUGUUCUUUUAUCGUCUGAAGAGUUAAAUACACGCCGACAAAAUAGGCCUUUCGGACACAGCCAUCAUGGACAUGAUGAUCAGCUCUCUCCAACAGCAAAAGAGAGUAACUGAGCAGUUACGUCGCGAGGCGGCUCUCAGAAGGAUGCUGGUGUCGCAGGCCGCUGCAGACAUCAUCAAGUUCAUCUCUGACCACCAGCAGGAGGACUGCCUUCUUGUAGGCUUCAGUUCUCAAAAAGCCAAUCCCUUCAGAGAGAAAAGUAGUUGCAACGUGCUCUAAUUUAAUUUUCUGUUUCAAUAAUACGUUAAUCAUUCAAGUUAAAAAAUGCGUUGAAAGAAAAAAUAAAUUUCUGAUUAUUUCCCAAUCUCUUUUGUUAGAUAUUAUGUAUAUUAAAUAUUUGGUCUCUUUUAGUUGUAACAUACAUUCUCUUUUAUAAGGCACAAAAUAUGAUUAUUAGAAUCUUUGUAACUCCAAUAUUCUUAUAUACAGGUCUUCAAAAUUUGGCAACAAUAAAAUUUUAUUCAUAAUUAAAUUCAACUGAAAAACGCUGAGAAAAUAAUUAAAAAUUGCAAUUAAAUUUGGCUGACCUUGUAGCUUUUUCUUUUAGCAAUUAUUUUAUUGUUAGAUAUGAUAAAGAAAUACAUUAAUCAUUCAUGUACCAUUAUUAUUUAUCUGAUUAAAAAUUUAUUGUCAGUAUGCAGUUUUCUGCCAAAAAAUUGAUGUCUUCGUAACUUGUCUGGGAAAUCAAAAUUGACUUGAAUACCACUGAAUGUUGUCACAUCCUGUAAUUGACCUUAAACGUAGCAGUUCCUUGUCAGUUUUCAUGGUGACACCUUUGAAUCCGCGAUGAUGUUUGUAGUUGUAGUACCUUGUUGACCAGAGGCCUACCUGAAAACCGCAUUUUGUCUGCCUUACUUUGCAGCAACCCUUUGCAAAUACUACAGAGUUGUUAUACUUGCAGUAACCUAAUUUGAUCGACAAACUAUUUUUGUAUGAGACGUAUUGUAUCCUUGGAUACCGAAAUCGAGGUGCUGCUGGGCUGAUACUUCAAACUUCCAGGUCAUUUCUUCAUCUUCCUUCAUUAGUUGGCUACAUAACAUUUAGUGUAGCGGUUAAUGAUGUGAAUAAUAAAUAAUUCAAUACAAAAUUGUUGAA